AUAUGUCAACUGUCAACCAACUGUCAGUUGCUCCUUUGGGCUUUGGGGUUUCAUGCAAAACUAAAUUGUUAAUUUAAUUUCUUUUUAAUAGUAGUUUACUGUAUGAUUGGUGAAUAAAUUAUUAUUCAUCUCAUCAGUGAGCAAAUGCCAUUAUAAUUGAUUUUCGGGACAUUUUUGAAUAACUGUUAAUAUGGAUUUUUCACAAAUAUGCCGCGUUUGUCUUCAAUCAAAUAAACAAACUUACUAUGACAUUUACAACAGCUUUUACACUAAAAAGAAUUUAUUGUAUUGUGAAAUGCUGUCUUAUUGCACCAAAGUAAAGCCCAGCAAAGAGGAUGGAUUGCCGCAAUUAUUGUGUAAAGAAUGCUGCAGACAGUUACGAAAAACUUACGCAUUUAAUAAGCAAUGUGAAGAUAGUGAUUUAAAGUUAAAACAACAUUUGGAUAAUUUUGUCUCUUCUAAUAUCAAAGGUGAAGAAUCAUUCCUCGAUUAUGGUUCUACAGCAAAAUCCAGAAAUGACUGUAAAAUUGAAAACCAGUCUAAUACAAUUUCGACUAAUGCUGAAACCAACUCACAACUAUUGGUACAGGAAGAUAAUUUAAAAAAUGUAGAAGAUAAGUUAUCUGCUUCUGAUGAUCACAAAGAAGUUACAGAUGAUAUUAAGUCCGAGCCUAAUUAUUAUAACACAUAUGAAAACACCUUCUGGGAUGACAAUGAUGAUAUCUCACUUGAAGAUAUUAAGGUUCAGAAAAACAAAGAAUUGAAAGAAGAAAAACCAAAGAAAAAGAGAGGAAGAAAGAAAAAAGAUGGUGAGAUGUCUUUGCCAGAAAGCAAACUACCUCAUCAAUGUGAUGUUUGUGGCAAAAUAUUAAGUACAAAAAGCAAUCUCAAAGCACAUAAGAUUUGUCACACAGAUCUUCGGCCAUACAAAUGUACUGAUUGCCCUGCCACAUUUAGGGGACAUAGCGCCUUGUUUCAACAUAAAAAGGUUCACACAGGUGAAACUCCAUACCACUGCCAGUACUGUCCUAAGCAAUUCAGCAGGCGAACAGGCCUCGUCAAUCACAUACGAAUGCAUACAGGAGAAAAAUUGUACAGUUGUGACAUUUGUUUCAAGACUUUUGUCCAAAGCGCACAGCUCUCAAUACACAUGAAAAGGCAUAAGGGAGACAAAUCUUUCCUGUGUCAGGAUUGUGGUAAAGGUUUCCCUAUAAAAUCAGACUUGAGAGUUCAUCAGCGAAUCCACAAUGGCGAGAAACCGUAUGCCUGCCAUCUCUGUACGAAAACUUUCGCAACUUCUGGAAACCUAUCAAUUCAUGUUCGGAUACAUAAUAAAGAAGUAAGGUAUGACUGCAAAGUGUGUCACCGCGGGUUUGUGACUCGCAGCGCUUUCAACGUCCACGUUAAAAGGCACAAGGGGCAAAGGGACUAUCAUUGCGAAUGCGGCAAGACAUUUUACACAUCUUCAGCACUAAAACAGCACAAAGUCGUCCACACCGGUGAGAAGAAGUAUCAAUGCAAAAUCUGUGAAAGGAAAUUCACUCAAACCAGUCACCUCAGUCGACAUUUCAAAAGGGAUCACAUGAAACCAAACGCACCAAUCCCAUCGUCGGAUUACUACAAAACAGUAUUGCAAGACAGCAGUAAAGUUUUCAACAUGCUGGGGGACAGUGCCCCAAAAAUUGAUUCCGGAGUCAAAUGUGAAGGCACGACAUAGGAUUUAGAUAUCUUCUUAAAGUUAUGAAAGAACUGUGAUGUUAAACUAUUAGUUUAUGGGAGUCAAAUCAUCCAGGUGAUGAUUUUUAAAAGGUGCAACUGAGUUGCUUUCACUCACUUCAGUUACCUAUAUUUGUUUUGUUAUCAAUUUCAGUGCAGCAAUGCUCAUUGUAUUGUCUAUGGCUUUUAUGAUUACUGUUGUUGCCAGUUGUAUUCUUUAUGGUCUCAUUGCUAAUAUCUAAUGGUGCCGUAUCAUAAACUCAGGGUGUGACAUUUGCCAUUGUUAAAGUGAAUCGAUAUAAGUACACAAUGUAAAUAACUGCUUUGAAAAUUACUUAAACUUAGUUUUACGUAUUGUUUACAGUUACCAAUUAAUAAGUUAUCUUUCUAUAAGUAAAACUUUGGUACCUUAAGUGUCCCCCAAUCAUUAUGUCUGUGAAGUACCUACCUAUUAUAAAGAAUUUAUUUUAAGAUAUUCAUUAUACCUAAGUAAAAUACAUUAACGGCUGUAUUCAGAGUCGUUUAUUAACUUUUAAAUUGAUUAAAUACUUACUAAUAUUCUGUCACCUUUUCGCAGUAUUAGACGGUAUUAUUUUAGAAAAACAACAACACAGAAUAACAUGAAAUUUAUUUUAUGUCUGACUACAGAUGUAAGAAUAAAAAAAUGAAUUUUUUGCUGUGCAAAACACAAAAUGAAUAUGUAUUAAUAAAAAUGUAAAACAUUAUUUUCAAAACUCGCUGUAUUUGUUUGCAUUUAUUGUUUUUACUCCACGUCUUCACUCUGUGAUUUAAUGCAAACUG